GGUACACGGGAACCGUGUGGUCGCGGUAAAUGGUUAUGAUCAGACAGUAAUAUUUUCUCUUUCGGAUAGAAACGCGUGGACGUGUUGCUACUGCAGCUGGACGAAUUACCAGAAAUUAGUACUGUCAUGUGCAGUGUUGGAGAAUAAAUUGGCCAUCAUUCUGCCUUCAAUUUUCAUUUCUGAGCGGAGGAAAAACAAAGUAGACUCUGCGCCUGUCUCCAUUUUUUUCUACCUGACAUCUGCAUCCGGAUUUCAUUCUAACUGUCCUGGAUUCGUGCUAUAUUAGGCAUGAAAUUAGUUCUGAUUUCAUUUCUGCCUAGCUCAAAUAUGACAGGAAGUCCUGACCACAAAGUAGAUGAAGGGGACCAGAGGCACUCAGUGGUUCGUUUACAGAGCUACUUGCAUGGAGGGACCUCCAGCUUGCUGUCCACUAUCCCCACUCUCAUCGUGUUCCCUGUCUACAAGACCAUUUUCCGUCAACAAAUCCACAACACUCAAAUUCACCAGACAGUUGGACAGCUCUACAAAGAGGGACCUGUAAAGCUCUUCAGGGGCGUGGCCCCACCAUUACUGAUGAAGACUCUGACUGGAACGCUGCUGUUUGGCCUGCAGGACACCCUCCUCUGCCAACUGUCCAUGUCAUCCCACACUGUCAUCUCCCCCUCUGCCCUGCCUGCUCUGGCUGGGUUUGGUGCGGGUAUGGUAGAAGCUGUGGUGUUUACCCCCUUUGAACGCAUUCAAAAUGUGUUGCAGAAUGGCCAGAACGACCGUCAUCUACCCACCCUGAAGAGUGUCCUGGUCAAUCUGAAGGCGAAGAGGUUGGCCUUGGGGUAUUACAGAGGCUUUCUGCCCAUCACAGCCCGCAAUGCUGUAGGUAGCUGCCUCUACUUUGGGCUGAAGGGGCCCAUAAAUGAUGUCGUGGCGGGAUAUGGGCUCUCUCAGGUGGCCUCCUCCUUUGUCUCAGGGACACUGACCUCCAUGGCAAUCAGCUUGGCUCUGUAUCCACUCUCUGUGUUAGUGGCAAACAUGCAGGCAAAGGUGGGAGGAGAGGUGGACGGGGUCAUGGCUUGUUGGAGGAUGCUGUGGAAAUCACGGAAGCAGAGCGUGGUUCUGCUAUACCGAGGAGGUUCCCUUGUUAUUUUGAGAUCAUGCAUCACAUGGGGAUUCACUACUGCUGUCUAUGACAAACAGCAGAAAGGUUCAAGCUGAAGAGUCACAGAGGAAAUACCUGCUGGAUAUCAAACUGCCCGGCCGAAAAUUGAAUUGUUUUUAAUAUUAAUAUAUUAAUCACUCUAGAAUGUUCUCUUGACAAUUUCCCCAGACCCCACCUCUCCUAUUCAUGCAGGUGCUUCAACCAGUCAGCAGUAAUCCAAAAGAUCCAUCAUCUAAUUCAAGCCAAGAAACACUGUCAAUUUUGAGUUUCUGUGUGCACAAGUAAGGUGAAAGCACCACCAUCAGGACCGUGAGCCCUGGUCUCUCAGGUGGUGGGCAAGUUAACUAUGACCUAAAGUUGUUUGUGUACUAGAAAUAUAAAUAUGGUGCUACAGAAUCACAGUUGCCUUGUAUUUUCAUUAUUUUAAAGAGAAACUUCACAUGUAACUCUGUUUACUCUGUUCACAUGUAAGUCUGUUUACCUGUCAUGGGAAGUACUUUUGAGGAGCCUUUUCUUUCAUCAUUUUCUCAGGCAUUUCUGCUCAUAUUGACAUAGUAUAAAAUAGAAAUGACAGAGAAUUAAAGGAAAGAGAAAGGGGAUGACACCCAACAUCCCUAGCCUGGAGUUUCCUGUCAGGUGAUGCUGUCAUUUAUUAUCUCAACUUAGGCUUGAAGACCACAAUUUUAUGACAGAAAACCUGCAUUCCAAAUUGUGGGCAAGGCUCUUGCUGAUUAUUUACCAGAUAAGGUCUAAAAAAUUGGUUGGGAGAAGUAGGAUCCAUCCUUUUUAGGGCUGGCACCAUACAAGGGACUAAAGGUCAUGGUAUUAUUGUAACUUGAAAGUGAAAUAAUGUGACUUCCCCUUUAGGUACAUGAAGGAGAUCAAUAAGUGUUGAAGCUGUGUAUUCAAAAUGUGUCAUUUUCAGUGUCAUAAAGCUAUUACAUAUGAAUUAAAGGAGUGUAACAAAUAAGUCAUGACUCAGCAACUCAGGGAUCAGCACUGUUGACUCACAGCAAGAAAGUCCCUGGACAAGAAUCUGUCUGCCAGCUGGGGCUAUUCUGUGUGAAGUGAUUCCUAUGCCCACGUGGGUGUCCCCAGACAUGAAGGUUAGGUUGACUGGAUAGCACUGUGACACUGCCUCUUACAGAGUGUGGGGCACACUCCUUCCACUCUGCAAACACAGAGCAAACCAAUGAAUGAAUAAUUAUAAAUGUUUUAUUAUUUACACUAUCUGUGAACAUAUCUCAGUUUGACUGUGAAACAAAAAUGUCCACUGCCUCUCUGUAAUCUCAUCAUUUGUGUUUUUUAAUUUUUUGCAAAGUGCAUUAAUAAACUAAUGCUAUGCAUCAUGCA